CACAGUCUCUCUUCCCCUAUCCCAUCUUCGCUCACCUGUCAUCGACGCUGCCAUUGCCAUCAAACAGCAAAGUACAAAGCAAGAGGAUGCAGCACACAUUUUGAGGAAGGAGAGAGAUGAUGAUGAUCAUGGCACCAAUUACAAAGUAAGCAAAUUUGUCCAUUGUGUCUCACACUGCCUUCAAUGUCUAUUUAUAGCCAUGCCCACGAUGUCACCGAUAAAACCAUUGCAUGAGAUUUCUUGAAAGAAAGAAAAAAAAAAAAGGAUGUCAGGCUUUCCAUAUCAACAUCAACAAGCUCCACUUCCAAAGAGCUCGAGAGAGAGUGAUACUACAAACACAGUUGGCACUGCAAUGGCUUCUCAGAAAAAGAAGAGAAAGAGCAGAGAUGCCGCCUGCUUGAGCUUUGAGCAAGACAAUGAAACACAGGACCCAAAGAUAGACACGGUUGGAAAAGCUGAGAAGAAGAGUGAGGCAUCGAGUGGGUACAUCCAUGUGAGAGCCAGGAGAGGCGAGGCAACUGAUAGCCACAGCCUUGCAGAAAGAGUCAGAAGGGAGAAGAUUAGUCAGAGGAUGAAGCUUCUGCAAGGCCUCGUACCUGGUUGUGACAAGGUUACAGGAAAGGCUCUGAUGCUGGAUGAGAUAAUAAACUAUGUGCAGACCAUGCAACACCAAGUCGAGUUUCUCACCAUGAAGCUUGCAUUGGCGAGCCCCAGAUUCCAUCACUUGGGCGAGGAGCUCACUGGCACUGUGGAUCAGCACCAGAGAACUUGGAACGUGCCGCAAACCUCGAGGCCUGGCCGAUCUGUGCCAAUUCACCUAGCAGCUCCCGAUGAAGACCCUGCGAUGGACAACUCCGGGCAGCUUUUGCUGAUGCAAGGUCAAGGGCCCAUGCCCCCCUUUCUUCAGGACGAUUGCACUGAUCUCCUCUUGCAAGUGGCUGAACAAGGACAAGAGCUCCUGAGUCAAGUAGUUCUCAAUGAUUUAUAUUUUCAGUCAAUAAAAUUAGCAGACAAUUGAAAGGCAUCAUCAUGAUCAAGAGCUAGCAAAUAUUUUUUUUUUCAUUUUUUUUCUGUGUGCUUGUUCUGAAUGUUCCUACAGUAUGUCAGACAAAUCUUUGACUAGCAAUAGAGCAACUCCUCGUGUGCCAUUCCACUUUGUGGCUCUAUUUUGAGAAACUUUGAUGAACAGCAGGGAUGCGAAGUCAUGAUGUUGAAUGCACAGAUCCCUAAUAAAGAUUUGCUUGUCGUGGUUCAUGAUGUGCAUGUGUAAGAGGAGGGAACUAUUUAAUGUCAUCGAGGUCAGUGAGGGAGGGUUCUUGGUGAGGAACAGUGAGGGGACUGCAGGAAGAUCUCUGUUCGAAGCAAGCUUUCUGAGGGAGCUCUGGGUGAACAGGCAUAUCUCGAUUCCCUCGGUGACCAUUGUUUUGGAUUGGGACGACGAGUGAGUGAGGCAGCUGCAGUGACAGGAGAGGCCGUUGAUGACUCACCAGCAUUGAGAAGGCGAGGUGACAGUAGAGGA